CGAUUUAUUUUUAUUGAUUGUAACAAUGUCAAAUUAUUUUUGUUAUUUUUUUCCAUGCGGAUUUUUUUUUAAAAAAACAUUACUCUCUUUAUUUACUAUUUUUUGGGACACGGGUUCUGAAUAACCAUCCGAUGCUCAGAAGUCUAUCACUGGACAAAUGUCAUAAUUUGUAUCACACUGUGGUUUCGAGUCAAAGUCCGGUCCAUUUCGUUUGUAAGGAUUUGACAAAGGUUAGAAUGGAUACACCCAACCUCGAAUUCAUCUCCCAUGAUUCAAUAGAUCCUAUAACCUUUGUGUGCAAGGGUCCAACUUUCAAGUUGAAAGAUGCUUACAUUGACUUGAUACUUGACAAUCGAGGAGAAAAGUGGUUUAAUGGACUACUUAAAUUUCUUGCAAAGUUACGUUGGACUGAAACUUUGUCGCUUUGUGUGGAUAGCGAAAGGGAUGUGAUCAUUCCGGAGAUGCUGAGGAUGAAACGCCGUCCUCCCCUGUAUUCUGUCAAGCAUUUGAAGAUAGAGCUCUACGUAUCAAGAUUGAAGAAUUCUUUUGAACUGAUCAGGUCUUUAUUGCGGCUUGCUCCUUGUCCAGAAACUAUAUCCAUAUGCAUUUAUGGAUCUUUGGCUCUCAACAAGAAACUAACGGCCGGUACUCCUAUCCCUUAAAACAUCAUCUUCUAGUUCGUUCUUGAUUUGCCAUGACCUUGAACAUCUUAAUCUAAAGCAUUAGGGUCAAUGUAUGGGGUGUGUGGCGGCGACUUAGGAUUUAAGAAUAGUAUAAAAGCCAAGAAAGAAAAGAAUAAUAGGGAAAAAUAGAUAGAAAAAAGGAAUAUACAUAGGACAAACAAUACAUGCUAAUUGUUACAUAUAUGGACAAGUAAGAUGGGUGUGAAAGACACAAUAUAUCUAAAUAGAAUGUGCAAAGCAUUAAAAAAUCAUAAACAUAAAAGAUAUGAUCUUGACUCACUACAUAAUUAUAAUUAUUUAAUUAACCCAUACAUAACCUCCCAUUACUCAAUGUCUCUUGUAUGCAUGAGUCUCACCGAGUUAAACAUGCCGAUCUAGUUAUGUUUGGGGUGCAUAUCAUUAGCCUAUGAUUCAACUACGGCGUAAAUCAAUGGGGAGGGGUUCAAAUUGGAGCCGAAUGUCAUCCUAUGAUCCGAGUUCUAAUGGGAGCUUUUACGGUACUCCGUUCGAAAAAUUAACGGAUCAUAUCCUACUUAACUUCUUGAUCGAAGGACGGCCCACGGUGACGGAUUAGGCCCGGUAUGAAAUCGUGCAGUGGGAUUGCAGGAGAAUUACUGGCUGAUUC